AUGAGCAGCUCCAAAGAGAUUGCACUGGAGCUGGACGAUCCACCCAGCACGGAUGGAAGUUUCACCAGCACUCUGACUGGACAGUGCUGUCAAGCUGGAAAAGAGAAUGAAUUAGAUGAAGAAGCAAAGGUCCAAACGGAUGAGGCCAAGGGCCAGAAGAGUCCAAGCGAACUAUCCGCUGUUAAUAGCUAUGCCACCAAUAAAAACAUAGCUGAGGGUCUUAUGGACAUAGCUCUACUAUCGGCAAAUGCAAAUCAAUUACGUUUUCUUAUUACCUACAAUCACGAAGCUUCCACAUUCUACUACAGUCUGACUCUGGUUAUACUUUCGCUGGUGCUGCAACUUUUUGUGGGCAUUGCAUUGAUCUUUAAGCGUCGUCUCAAGCGCUGCCACACUCGCCGCUAUGUGAGAACCAACGAGCUGCUAGUAACGGGCGUCUUCCUUAUCACUGUGAUCAAUGUGCUACUCGCUGCCUUCACCACAACCGAUGGACAUAAGAACUGAUACAUGUAGAAU